AACGGCGAGCGUGCAGAAGAGGUCAGAGGUCGCGCAGGCGUCAUGGCGGCGCUGUGUGGGUCCCACGCCGGGAUUGCUGGGAGCCGUUUCUUGAGAGCGCUUGCCUUCUCCAAGCCUCUACGAAAUGCAAGCACGAAGAGUGGUUCCGAGAGCGCAGUCCACGACGCCUCCGAUCCUCGGGCGCGGUCAGGCGGCUUCGCGAGCGCUCUGGAGCGACAGUCGGAGCUGCAGCGGAAGGAGUCUCCAAAACCUGUGGAAUCCUUUGCCUCCAUGCUGAGACACUGCCCACUGACACAGAUGGGGCCUGCCAAGGACAAGCUGGUCAUUGGGCGAAUCUUUCAUAUCGUGGAAGACGAUCUGUACAUAGAUUUUGGUGGCAAGUUUCACUGUGUAUGUAAAAGACCAGAUGUGGAUGGCGAGAAGUACCAGAGGGGCACCAGGGUCCGGCUGCGGCUCCUGGAUCUUGAGCUGACGUCGAGGUUUCUGGGUGGGACCACAGAUACGACUCUCCUGGAGGCCGAUGCAGUUCUCUUAGGACUCCAAGAGACCAGAGACUCAACAUCAAGAGAGAAGCAACUCAGCAAGUAAUGAGCUCUGCUUGCUGCACUUGUACCCACGUCCAGCCCAGAAUACUGUGAAUACAUAAUUGAAUAAAGUUGCAGCCAAUGAAAACUAA